GCGGUUAUGAUUUAAUUGGACCAGAAAUUAUCUUACCUCUAUCCUAGUUAAUAUUGUCAAUCCUGUUCUAGCCGCAGUGGUUAAUUUCAGAUGCUUUCGAGGGAAGGGGGGGGGGCCUUUGUCCGCUACAGUUAAGCUAAUUAAGUUGAACCCUAAAAUACUAAAACUCCGGGACCGGAUCGUACAAUUUUUUGUAGUAUAUAGUAUAAACCCUAACUCGCAAAUUAAUGAAAUUUUAUUUUCAGUUACCAAUAUGUAAAAUGCAAAAAUACUAUUUAUUUGUAAAACAAGACACUAUCUAUCUAUCGACUGCUAAGCAUCUGUAAGCUCUAUGCUAUGUUGGUAUGGCGGGCAAACAAUAUAAAACUCUGCCCGGGCCUCUUCGACCACGCGCAGAUAAAAGGCGGUCACAAGAACAUCCUCACAGUCCUCUAUUUGGAUUGAACUUGAACCUGAAUUUCUCCAAUCUGUUCUCCAGUGGUGUUAGUUUCUUUGAUAACCUCAGAAAGAAAACUCCCUCUACUCCACAGUCGGACAUGGCGAGCUCCCCUAGUAAUAGUUUAAGGGACUCAUGGUUGUCUUAUACAGAUACUCCACGCUCUAAAUCAUUUGAUUCUUCCAGUAGUCCUCCCGAGAAUAUUGAAAUGAGCCCUUUCUGCUUCGGAGAGGGUGUAGGGAACGGUGAGGGUCAUGAUUGGGUGGAGCAGGGUUGUACCAACCCGACUUGGUGCGAUCUUUGCGGAGAGCUUAUAUGGGGUCUUUACGAUACAGGUGUUUGGGUGUGUGUUCAUUGUAAGUACACAGCUCAUGUGAAAUGCAGGGAAAGAGUUAAGUUAGACUGCUCAUCAAUACAUGCUGUAGAUACUCCAGAUGGUUCAAUUUUAUCAAGAUCUGACAGUGUCUCUUCAACAUACACAACAGCAGCCGAAGCGUUGGAUGAGACAAUAAGUGUUACUUUGACAACUCAGGAAGAUAAAUUCCACACUCUGCAUGAUUUAUCAACCCUGCACGACCUUUCUUCAGACUUCAAAACCUUACUGGAUGAUUCGGAUGAGUAUCAUACCCUGAAAGAUGUUGAUGAACUGGAUGAUGAAGGACCUUCUUCUACUGUUCCUCUCCCUCCUCUUCUUGCUCUUCCUUCAAAGGAUCUAGAAUUGUACCUAGAGAGAUACAACAGCUUUCACCCGGCCGGUCAACAGACUGUAUUCGAUCAGGAAUCCAAGAUGUUCCAAGGGUUUAUCCGAGUAGAUAUGAACCUACAGAGACCUAUAAAUGUUCUCAGUGGAACCAGACCCCCAUCUUUUUACAAUAUUAUGAAGGAGGAGGAUACUAUAACGGAUCGGACUUUGACAACGUUCUACCUCCCUCCUCAUACGGAGAAAGCUAUUCAUGUUACUAGUCAAACUACAACUCAGGAUGUAAUACGGUGCUUACUGAAGAAGUUCAAAGUUGCAGAUAAUCCGCACAAAUACGCUUUAUACGAGAGAUCUGAUGAUACAAGACGAGACAGUUUACCUCGGAAUAAGUCUUUAUGCCGCCAGAAAAUGCGAAGGGUCGGAGAAGAUGAAAAACCUUUAGUCUGUGCUCUACUGGCAACAGAAAAUAAUUCGGAGGAACUUAAAAAAUUCAUUCUGCAGGUAAAAGAGUUGAAAAAUAAAACUAAGUUUUUGAGUCACCAACCAAAAUGGCUGAACUAUCAAUGGAUUUUGUUAAUUAACAAUGAAAUAAGAUAAUUAUAAAAGACAAAA